UUCUUGUACGUGCGCAGAUGGGAAAGUGGGACUACAUGAACUAUGUUACCUAUGAUCGAUGUGUUGGUGCUAAGCGCGAACUCGGUUUCGACAACAAGUUCUACAAGUACCUGUUCUCCAGAUUCAAGCCAAGGGGGUUUCCGCAAGGCAGGGAGCGGCUGACCGAAAACAGCUACAGUGUCUACAACCUUGAAUUUUCACCGGAAGGGAAAUAUCUGAUCGCAGCGUGUUCAGAUAGAGCUAUCAGAGUGUUGGAUCCUGCCAGACAGAACAUCGUGAGCGAGAGACCAAAGGCGCAUGAUCAUUGCGUCAACUGUGUGCGGUUCUUGGAUUCACGCAUGUUUGUCACUGGAGGCGAUGACCAAAAGAUCAAUGUAUGGGAUAUCAGGAACAUGUCCGACAAGGUUCACUGUCUACAUGGUCACGAUGCCUGGGUCAAGAGUCUCGCCUACAUCAAGGAAUCCAGAACGUUGCUUUCUUCCGCGUUUGACGGCAACAUAUUUGCUUGGGAGAUGAACCGGUUCAAUGCCGGAGGAAUGAUCGAACCAACGCAAAUAAUUGACAUCAGCGGUUUGAUGAGAAUGACUGUGACUCCUGAUGCCUCGAAAAUGAUAGUCUCGAACUCUUCGGGAUUCAUAAUGGUUUUUCAUGACUUGGACAUUUGGCGGAUGCGGGAACAGUAUCGUGGUGUCAAAGUAAACAUGUAUAGGCUCAUGCAAGUGAGUGGAAUCCCGUUGGAGGAGCAGAUGAAGUACGGGCAUUUGUUCCUGGCCGAAAGGAACAGGCUCGAGUUCAUUUCGGACUUCCCUAGUGGCAACGAGGCCUGUGUUAUAUCAUCACUUGUGAUACAUCCUGACGGGAAACGCUGCAUCAGCAGACACAACACAAAUUCUCUCAAUGCCGAAUUCACCUGUGUUCAUGACAUUGAUGGGCCGAGGAUCUGUCACAAGACGAAUCCUAAAAACGAUGCCUUCGAACGAAAGUGCCUGAAACGCAGGCGGUUGGACAGCCAGGCUCAUCAUCACAGUGAAGACUCGUCUUCAGACGAAGGGCCAGAGUUGUUUGUGCCGUUGCUCGUUCGCACGGAGAGACCACCGAUGUGGAAUCCGAGACACAGAGACGGGGAACCGAUAGUUCGGCGUCUAAGCGCAAGUGGGGACGUUCAGGAUCCCGCUGGCGAAUUGUGGAAUGACGAACAAAGAGAUAUCCAGUUCACCUGUGUUCAUGACAUUGAUGGGCCGAGGAUCUGUCACAAGACGAAUCCUAAAAACGAUGCCUUCGAACGAAAGUGCCUGAAACGCAGGCGGUUGGAUAGCCAGGCUCAUCAUCACAGUGAAGACUCGUCUUCAGAUGAAGGGCCAGAGUUGUUUGUGCCGUUGCUCGUUCGCACGGAGAGACCACCGAUGUGGAAUCCGAGACACAGAGAUGGGGAACCGAUAGUUCGGCGUCUAAGCGCAAGUGGAGACGUUCAGGAUCCCGCUGGCGAAUUGUGGAAUGACGAACAAAGAGAUAUCCAGGUGAGGGAGGCUAUGGUUGAAGACUCCAUUGACCGGGUGGUCCGAGGUGAGGAUGAGGACGUGUUCAGAAAUUUCCCGAGAGCACCAAGAAUCACCAGAAGCCGAGUUGUUAUUGAAAUGCUGAGAGACUCUAUGAGAAGAGUCAUGGCAAAUUUUGGUUCCCAGGAAGAUGGCUACCGCGUGCGGUUUUUGUCUCGAGACACGUGGUAUGCCCUGACUGCGAUACGUGAUGCCCGCAGGCAAGAACCGAUGGAGCAUCGGCUCCAUCAAGGGUUGGCGCCUGGCGAAUCCCGGUGGUCCCUCAAUUCCGAGUGGAACCGGAAGUUGUUGCGGCUGCACUCGAAUAAAGAAUGCAGGUGUGAAGUGCCGUUUGAGGAGAAGACGGAUUUCACGCAGAACGACAUUUUCCCGAACGUUCCGAGGAUGACGCACCACAUGGAAGAGGCCAAUGUGCAACACGGGUACAUUAAGGAGAUCUCCGUGAGCCCGUGUGGGCGUGUGAUUGCUUCACCCUAUGGCCUCGGGCACAGGCUCCUCAUGUUUGACCAGGAGUGCAAACUGCCCGGCAAGGCUCGUCAAAUCGACUUGUCAGUGGACAAGUCAUCUCGCGACAACAAGCUCGGAGACUCUGUUUCCCUGGUGGAAGUCUCCACCCUGUUGGUUCAUUCUGCACCCGUGCUCACCACCCAGUUCUCACCGGAUGGCUCGUGUCUGGUGACUGGGUGUCUGGAUGGGAAGGUUAUCUGGCACAGGCCAGUCUUCGGAUUCAGAAUGGGAGCUUGUUUAAGUAAAGGAGAGCAGCAGGUACCACCGCAGUUCUCAGCCGUCAAUCCUGAUAUCAUACGAGCCCCGAAUCCGUGCGCUUUGAAUCCGUGCAACGUGCUUCAUUUCAAUGAACACGUGCUUGCUGGCCAGGGCCCAUCAGCGCCCCCAUCUGUUCUUGAAGGGCAGACACCCACGAGGCAAAGCAACCAUCAAAACAUAAAUUCUGUUCUGAAUCAGUUCUCGAAUUUCGCCCGAGGUAUGACAAACGCGGACGUGUUGCACCAAGUGGAACAGGGCUACCGAAUGCCGUGCCCGCCAAAUUGCCCUACGCAACUUUACGAAGUAAUGCUCGAGUGUUGGCACAAGGACCCGAAGAAACGUCCCACUUUCGAAACCCUGCAGUGGAAGCUGGAAGAAUUCGACAAUCUCGGCUCCGAGUAUCGUGAUCCCAACCAGGGUUUCUAAAGCCUCUGACCCAGAUCCUUCGCUCCUUGUGUGUGUGUGUACCUCUGUUGAGAGAAUGAGGUGGAUCCCUGUGCUUGAAAAAAAAAGAAGGGGAAAGUGGAGAGUUCGUACUUAUUGUAAUACCGUUCGGGAAAGAAGAUCGGUUGACUAGAUUUCCAUGCGAACUGCGGAUACCAUGUUUGACCAAUCCUUUUCAGAGAUUGGCCCACGAUUCCAAAGCUUUUUGUUGACUCUUAUGCAAUGGUCUCACGAUUGUAAGUUUUCUUGUAUCCCUCUCGGGAGUGCUCGAAAUUAUCUCCUGAAAAACUUUCAAAAAUCAAACGGCAGAGUACGACUCAAAUAGUUCGUGAAUGAUUUCCUUGAAAUACUCUACUUCAAAGCGGAC